CACAAUUGAACUCCAGUUUCAAAGUUUUAAACACCAGUAUCCUAAGCAAUUAUUUUUCUCUUUUUUCUAAGAUUAUUAGCAGUAAAAGCUUGGUAACAAAAAGUCAUAAAAUCUACACCUACUCGCACCUCACUCACCUGAAUCCUGCUUUUUUCUCUCUCUAACCCCGCUCUCUUUCUCUCUCUUCCGUAAAUCCCUAUUCUGAUUUCUCAGCGCUGCUCUUUCCUCCAUUAGCAAUUCUUCUUGAUUAUGUUUCUUCCACUUUGAUCGAUUGGGGAAAUUUCUUUAUUUUCCAUUUUUAUUGGUAUCUUGCAACUGGGCAGAGAAUCUCGGGCUAAAAAUUGAAUCUUUUUGAGGUUGGAGUAAUUAAAUGGGUAUUUGCUAUUCAUCAGCUAGUGGAAAGAGGAGCACGGGGUGGCAGACCGGCGACGAAAAGGCGGAUUCCCGGUUGAAGAAGAGCAGCUCCGGCGACUUUGCCACCUUUAUUAGUAAGUUAAGCGGCGGCGGCGGCGCCGCGGCGACUGCCGCCGUUGUAGCGGAGGAGCGAGCGUUGCAUCAUAUCCCGGGGCGGUUGUUCUCGAAUGGGGCUAGCCGCAUCGCUAGCUUGUACACUCAGCAGGGCAAGAAAGGAACUAAUCAAGAUGCCAUGAUCGUUUGGGAGAAUUUCUGCACGGGAGGCGAUGCGAGCGCGACAUUUUGUGGAGUUUUUGAUGGCCACGGUCCUUAUGGUCACAUGGUUGCGAGAAAAGUGCGCGAUGCUCUGCCAGUUUUGGUGCGUUCUCAGUGGGAAAGUAAGGCUGAAAAUGAGCAAAAUCAUGUUCAUGUUCAUGUUCAUGAGAAUGCGAAUGUGGGUUUUGAAGGAAUGAGGCGAUUCGAUGACUUCAUGGAUGAGGAUGGAUGUGAAUCAGUUGAAGCAGAGGAAGUUGAAAAAGUGCCUGAGAUGCAUAUUCCACUCAAGAAUUCAAUACUCAAGGCUUUCAAGUUGAUGGAUAAGGAACUCAAGUUGCAUCCUUCUAUUGACUGCUUUUGUAGCGGUACAACCACCGUUGCUUUGAUAAAGCAGGGUCUGGAUCUUAUAAUUGGAAAUGUGGGUGACUCCAGAGCGGUACUUGCAACCCGGGAUAAGGACAAUGUCUUGGCAGCUGUACAAUUAACCGUCGACUUGAAACCUAAUCUUCCAAGGGAAGCCGCAAGGAUCCAGAAAUGUAAAGGAAGAGUUUUUGCUUUGCAAGAUGAACCGGAAGUAGCACGUGUAUGGCUACCCAAUAGUGAUUCUCCUGGCUUGGCCAUGGCUAGAGCGUUCGGGGAUUUCUGUCUGAAGGACUUUGGUUUGAUCUCCAUUCCAGACGUUUAUCACCACCACAUUACAGAGAGAGACGAGUUCGUCAUUCUUGCAACUGAUGGGGUGUGGGAUGUUCUCUCCAAUAAGGAAGCCGUGGACAUAGUGGCCUCAGCUCCAGGCCGUGGAACAGCUGCCAGAGCCCUGGUAGACUGCGCCACGAGAGCAUGGAGGCUCAAGUAUCCAACAUCAAAGAACGACGACUGCGCUGCCGUAUGUUUGUUCCUGGAACACGUGUCUUUGACAAAUGAGCCUAAACCCCAAAAUGAUGUGGCAUCUCUUCCUGAAGAGGAAAGCAAGGCUCCCUCGGAACCGGAUGCUGGUAAUCAAGACGUUGAUAGUCCAGCGAGUAAAGAGUCGAGUGAGAUAGUCCCUGUGGUGGAGGAAGUGGAGGAGAAACCAGUGGACAAGAGUCUUGGGCAGUCGAGGAGAAGCCUGGCCGAGUGCCUUUCAAGUGCAGAGGACGACGAAUGGUCAGCGCUGGAAGGCAUAACCCGAGUUAAUAGCCUUCUUAGUCUGCCCAGGUUCUUGCCUUUCGACAGAAGAAGCACUAGUUGGAGAAAAUGGUUAUGAAAUAUGCAACUUUUAGGUUGAGAGCAACCAAAUCCUUUUGAGGUUGUCUGAAAAAAAAAAGCAGUAAAGAGAAAUGAGCUUAUUCUGCUGCUGCUUACCAGAAUUUUGUAUCUUCUUCCUGCUCUGCUCAGCUGUCUUCAAAACUCUAUAUAUUUUUAGAUACUUGUCAUUUGUAACAUCUCAGAAUUCAGCUCUUCCAAAAGCAUUUCAUCGUUCAAAUUUUACCAUGUUUUAGUCCCAAAA